CUCCACGCCCGGCGGCGGAUUAUGCCUCUCAUUGAAAAUUUUUAAAGUUAUAAUUUUUAAUGUUAAUUACGAAAAAUGGACACGAGAAAGCUAACUGAAAUUUUGCGCGGCACCCUCGAGCCCAACCAGAGGAAACAAUCUGAAGAACAACUUGCUGAGAUUCACAAAAUCAUUGGGUUUGGUCCAUCCCUGCUCCAACUGGUUAUGCUAAAUGAGGUUCAGCUCCCAGUUCGGUUAGCUGGUGUAGUAUACCUUAAAAAUCUGAUCACAUCAGGAUGGCAGGAAAAGGAUGCAGAUGAUGAUGAGCCUGCACCAUUCACAGUCCAUGAACAAGAUCGUGCAAUGAUCCGGGAUAUUAUUGUAGAUGCAAUAAUUCAAGCUCCGGAAAUACUUCAAAUACAGCUUUGUUCCUGCCUUAAAACAAUAAUCAAACAUGAUUUUCCAACACGCUGGACCCAAAUAGUAGACAAAAUCCAUAUAUACCUACAAAAUCCAGAUCCUGAUAGUUGUAUGGGAGCCCUGUUAUGCUUAUAUCAGCUUAUUAAGAAUUAUGAAUACCAUCUGGCAGAAAAGAAAGUUCCGUUAAUAGAGGCUAUGAACUUGCUGUUUCCAAUGAUGUACAAUUUGAUGGAGAAUCUCCAAGCCGACUUCUCUGAAAAGUCUGUACUAAUACAGAAGCAAAUACUCAAGUGCUUUUAUGCUCUUAUAAAGUACAUUUUGCCCUUGGAAUUGAUAACGAAAGAAAUGUUCACAAAAUGGAUGGAGAUUCUUAGAUCUGUAAUGGUACAACCUAUACCUGAACUCUUUCCUCAAAUGGACGACGACGUCCGUGCUGAACUACCGUGGUGGAAAAGCAAGAAAUGGGCUAUACAUAUAUUGUAUAGGUUAUUUGAAAGAUAUGGAAGUCCAGUAAAUACUCGUGAGGAAUAUUCUGAGUUUGCGGAGUGGUACUUGACCACAUUCACUGGUGGCAUCCUUGAAGUACUGUUCAGAGUGCUCGAUCUGUAUAGGAAGAAAUACUUUGUGUCGCCCAGAGUGCUUCAACAGACGAUUAGUUACAUUGAUCAAUGUGUUGGGUACAGUCAUUCAUGGAAACUACUGAAGCCGCAUAUGUUUGCAAUCAUCCAGGAUGUUUUAUUCCCACUUAUGUCACACUCAGAGGCUGAUGAAGAGCUGUGGAACUCGGAUCCUCAUGAGUAUAUUCGUAUAAAGUUUGACAUAUUUGAAGAUUUCGUGUCUCCUGUAACUGCUGCGCAAACAUUACUUAUAUCCUGUUGUAAAAAACGAAAAGACAUGUUAGAGCGCACCAUGCACUUAUGCAUGCAAGUAUUGCGAUGCCAGCAGGCGGAAUAUGGGCCCGUACAACGUGACGGGGCGCUCCACAUGGUGGGCACACUCAAUGAUAUUUUAAUGAAAAAGAAAUUUUACAAAGAGGAAAUAGACUCCCUUCUUAGUCAAUAUGUAUUCUCCGAGUUCAAUAGCAACCUCGGUUAUAUGCGAGCGAGAGCAUGCUGGGUGGUUCAGUGCUUCGCUUGUGUACGAUUCAAGAGCGAACCGCUACUUAUUGAAGCAGUACGGUUGGUUAUUUACGCUCUCCUAAACGACACUGAACUGCCUGUGAAAGUGGAGGCUGCUAUAGCCUUACAGAUGUUGUUGACAUCCCAAGAGAAGGUUCACGGAUAUCUAGAGGUACAGGUAACACAGGUCACAACAGAAUUAUUAAAGGUUAUACGUGAGACUGAAAAUGAUAAUAUUGCGAACGUACUGCAAAAGAUUGUACCGAUGUACACAAAGCAGCUAAUGCCGAUGGCCUUUGAAAUCAUGGACCACUUAGCAACCACAUUUAGCAAAGUGAUAGAGACUGAUUCGGGAGCUGAUGAAAAGGCGAUUACUGCUAUGGGUCUCCUUAACACCAUGGAGACAGUGCUGAACGUUAUGAGCGAAAAUGCGGAGAUUACGGCUCAGCUAGAGAAGACAGUUUUAAGCGUCGUCGGCCAUAUAUUACAGCAUAAUAUUAUUGAAUAUUAUGAAGAAGCAAUGACGCUCCUCUGUGAUCUCUCGACAAAAUCCAUAUCAGAAGACAUGUGGAAGGUACUAGAAUUACUGUACCAGCUAUUCGAGAAGGAAGGUUUCGACUACUUUGCUGAUAUGAUGCCGGUCCUCCACAACUACAUAACCGUUGAUACCAACGCCUUUUUGUCCAACGAGAAUCAUAUAUUAGCAAUGUUCAACAUGGCCAAGGCGGUACUGAAUAUGGAGUGUUUGGAUGAUUCUGAGAUGAUAGCAGCCAAGUUGCUGGAGGUGAUGGUCUUGCAGUGCUCUGGAAAGAUCGACAAUUGCAUACCAUCGUUUGUGGAACUUGUUCUUAACAGGUUGACUAGGAAGGUCCGGACUUCAGAACUUAGAACAAUGUUGUUACAGGUUCUAAUAGCAAUACUUUAUUGCAAUCCACACCUAUUAUUCACAAUAUUCGACAAGCUGCAAGAGUCCGUUCCCAAUGCGUCCAUUACGCAGCACUUCAUGAACCAGUGGAUACACGACAUAGAUUGCUUCAUGGGGCUACACGACAGAAAAUUGUGCUUACUGGGUAUAUGCACAUUGUUAGAAAUGGGUCCUCAGCGGCCAAACCUUGAAGAGAUUGUACCGAUGCUCCUACCGUCAUGUUUGGUGCUGUUUGAUGGGCUGAAGCGUGCUUACGAAAUUCGUGCCGAAGGCGACGACGAAUCGUCUUCAGAGGAAGAUGAUGAUGAAGAUGAUGAAGAAAUACUAUCGAGUGACGAGGACGAACUGGAAGUAAUGCACAGCAAACACUUGGAGAACCUGGCCCGAAUGUCAAUGAAGAACAGCGCCAUUGAAGAAGCCCAUUUAAACUCCAACAUUGAAGAAUAUGAAGACAGUGAUGACGACACAUACGAACCACAUGAAACAGCACUGGAGUGUUACACUACCCCCUUAGAUGAAAAAGACUGUACUGUGGACGAAUUCGUGAAAUUCAGGAACACGUUAACAGCACUAUCGACGAGUGAGCCUGCCCUAUACCACGCCCUCACAAGCGUACUUGAUGAACAACAACAGAAGCAACUGAAAGCCGUGCUCUUACUCGCGGACCAACGCAAAGCGCAACAGGACAGUAAACGCAUUGAACAAAGCGGAGGGUACUCGUUCACAGUUCCCGCGCAAGUGCCGACUAAGUUCAAAUUUGGAUCGUAAACAACCAGUGAAUGUAUUUAUAUAUAUAUGUUAUUGUUAUUAAUCAUCGCCUACCAUUACCACGUCGUUGGGUCUGAUUACGUUACUUUAGAAGUGUAAAAUUUAUAUUUGCAGUCAUACAUUUGUAUAAUCAUUUUAGCUUUCAUUUUGUUAGUAAAUCUUAUAUAUGUUAUAAUAAUUACCAUAGCACACUUUAUUACAGUUACACAAUGUUAUGCAUAAACAAUAAACGCCAUAAUUAUAAAAUACUGAUUAAAUGGCGAUAGGCGCUAGUUAUUGAAAUUAUUAUAUUGUUAUUAUUGGCUUCUUUAUGUUUUUACCGGCGUGAACUGCUUCAAG